AUGUCCUUAACAAACGUAUAUCACCUGCGCCGGGUCGCAGAUACCUCUGCUAAGUCAUGCCUCAUCUGCUACAAGCCAUCAACAAGCGUGUUGAUCACACCGGACAAUAAGGAUUUCUUCUACGUGUGCCCCGCACACCUGCAAGACCGCCACUUCUGCUCACCUCUUGUCGAUGCAGAGGGUGACGCAAAGCGCCAGAAAGAAGAGGCAAUGGCCAAAGAAAUUGAAAAAGUCAAACAAGAGUAUGAGGAGAAACAAAAACGAAAGAAGGAGAAGGCCAAGGAGUCUAGCAAGGACGAGAAAAGCGCCGAUUCUAAAGAUAAAGACAAAGUUGAUUCGGACUCAAAAGCUAGUGAUGAGAAAGAACGAGAUGACAAGAUUGAUUCGAUUAAAAAUGCGGGCAAUGAGACCAAGACAGAGAAUGGGUCGCGGGUCUUUGAAUUGCACAAGACUUUCUAUCAAAUGCGAAUCGACCGGCUGCGAGGCAUUGAAAGGGCCAAAAGGAACCAAGAAAGAUUGAAGAACCCAUCACUAUUUCCAUCUGUUCCGAACCGCGAGCUCUAG